AUGGCCAAUCAACCAUAUGACGACAUGGAACUGACAGCUGAAAAGGAAUUAGAUGCAUUAGUAGUUGCUAGUCAAAUGGAGUCAAAUUUUGAUAUAGAUGAAAUACUCAAUGAUAAAGCUAAGAAGAGAAAGUUUACUAAAACAAAUGUCAAGAAUCUUAUCAAGAAUGUAAUUACAAAUGCUGAUGUAGCUACAAUGUUACGACAAACUUUAGACGACAAUAUAGAUGCAAACUGUUUAUAUGAACCAAAAUUUACAAGAGCAAAAAUGAGAAAAAUGUUAAAUACUUAUCCAACUUCAGGGUCUACAAACCAGCAACAAUCAAUCUUAUCAGAAUGUACAUCAUUGAUUGAAAAGGAAUUUCCCGAUGAUUCUGAAGAUGAUGAGUAUUAUCCAGACAAAAUGUUUGAGGAGGAAGAAGAUGAAUACGACGAUGAUGAAUUUAAAUUAACAGAAGUUAAUAAAUCAUUUGACACAGAAAAUGAUCAAGAUAUUAGUGAUAAUAAAACUAUAGUUGAUGUAAAUGAGGAAACAAUUGGAAUGCGUACUAGGUCAAAAUUUUCUUUAAAUGAUACUCCAUUAGAAAUUAUAGAACAAGCUUUUAUACCGCCAGAUAUAACCGAGGAUAUGUAUGAUUCAGCAUGUGAAAACGAUGAAUGGAUGGAGUUUCUUAGUGAAUUUACAAAGCCUUUAGAGCCUGUUCAAAAUGAUGAAGGUGAAGAUGAUCCUGAGUAUAAUAUUCUUGGCGAUGAUGAUUAUACUAAUGUCGAUAAAGAAGAAUUUCGUAUUGAUAAAUCAGUUAAGGUCACUCGUAAGGAGUAUAAUGAUUUAAUGAAUGAAUUGAACGAAUUUACUGAAAGCUUCCUUAAAUUCAAUGGUGUAGAAAAAUUUGAAACUAAUACCGAUAUCAAAGAAACUGAUAAUGAUAAAAACACAGAUAAACCAAAAAAUGAUACUCAAUCUAUCCCUGCUUAUGUCUGUACUCCAAAUAUCUAUUUAGAUGGGAAAACAAGCACUAAUUUUUCUUUUCAAAAUAAAAAUGCUGUUAAACUUACAAAUGUCACUAUAUCUCCUACUAUACAUCCUCCUUUACCAACAUUUAAAGAAAAUGUUCAGUUAGGCAUUGAACAACAUAACAAUAGUAAUGAAGAUGUUUCUGUGAUAACAAAUAUAGUUCCUCAAUGUGCAAAUAUAAUGACACAAAAACAAAUAAUUUUAUUUAAACUACAACUCACACAACAUGUCCAAUUAAUAACUCAAAAUUACUUGUUAUGCACAAUGUCAAAAAAGUUCAAAAUUAAUUGCAGAAAAUAUAAAACUAUGUUGGAACGAAUAAAAGAUAUUUGUAAAGAUAAAAAUUAUGAACCAGUCAACAUACAUUCCGCUUUAAAGUUUAUUCAAGAUUGGACUGAAGCUAAAACCGAUGCGAAGAAUAUUAAUAGUGACUAUGGUGAGCUACCAUUACAUGUGCAAAAGUUUAUGCUAUAUUAUGAUAAAUCUGUAUUUAUCUAUCCUCAAUUGUUACCAACAAGAACUUAUUGCCAUGAAUAUAAAAAUCAUCCUAUUGGGCCUUCAGAAGAAAAACUUCUGGUAUUAAAAAUAGAUUAUAUUUAUAAGAAUUUGACAGAGCAUCGUAAUACUCGGGCAAAAUAUAGAAAAAAGAAUUUAUCUGAUUUAAUGCCAAUGAUAAUAAAAACUGUACAUAAAAGAUGGUUUUCACACCGAAGUUUAACAUAUCUAAAACAGUUGAUAACGCGCAGGAACAACUCAUUUGAUAUGAAUGUUAUUAAGAAUUAUUUAACAAAUGGUAUAAUUGAAGAAUCUUCUUAUGUUAUUGACAUUAAAGCUCUCUUUAAAGGAAACCGCUUAUACGAGUGUGAUGUUGGAAAGUUUCCUUUAAGUUGGAAAUGUAUCAGAACACAAUUUAAGUAA